AUGGCUCACCUUUGGCCUUUCACUCGGCUUGCUCUCUUGGGUGUUAUUCAUGUCGGCACAGAGUGGUGGGCUUUUGAGAUCGUGGCUCUCGUCGCCGGCAAACUAGGAACUAUACCACUAGCAGCCCAAUCUGUUAUCAUGACCGCCGACCAAAUCAUCAAUACAAUACCUUUUGGCCUCGGUGUGGCUGCAUCCGCCCGUGUGGGCAAUCUCCUCGGCGCUGUAAAGCCCUAUGAGGCUGCCCAUACUGCUAACUGUGCUGCGAUUCUGUCUGUACUCCUGGGAGCCCUGAUACUUACCGUCCUCAUGGCGACCAAAAAUGUCUUUGGUGGUUUGUUCAACGACGACCACGACAUCGUCGAAUUGGUCUCACGUGUCAUGCCCUUUGUGGCACUGUUUCAGAUCGCUGACGGCCUCAAUGGUAGCUGUGGUGGCGCUCUACGCGGCAUGGGCAAGCAGCGUGUAGGCGCUGUCAUAAACAUGCUGAGCUAUUACGGCGGUGCCUUACCCCUGGGCAUCUAUCUUGCGUUCAACGGAUGGGGUCUGGCUGGCCUCUGGCUGGGACAAUGUAUUGCCCUCUAUCUUGUCGGUCUGCUAGAGUGGUUUAUUGUUGCGUUCAGUGACUGGGAAUGGGAGGUUAGAAAUGCGCUCAGCAGACUAGAAGCCGGUGGAUUAACGGGGUGUGACGGUGGCGAUCUUGUCUAA